AUGCGGGCUUUGGUAUGGAGGUCUGAGCAUCAGUUGACGAACAGAUUUCUGGAGGGACUUCGCAAGGAUAUUCGGACUCUAUGCAGGAGUAGUAUGCACACUUCGAGGGCGAGUCUGGUAGAGUUGGCCGCGUCGGUUGAGGCGGAUCUUGGUGGGCCAGUUGGUCCGGUGGCUGUGCCGUCAGCAGUUGCUUCUGCUACCCAGCCUCGGGGUCAGCAUCAGCAGCCGCGACAGCAGCAGCAGCAGCAGCGCAGAGGUGGUUCGAGUUUCAGUUCUGGUUCUGGCAGGGGCGGUUUGCCUGCGCAGGGUCAGAAGAGGAGUAGAGAGGAGUUUUCUGAGAGAGUCAGCACCGAGGUGUGCUACUACUGCAAGGAGCCUGGGCAUAUCAAGCCCAUGUGUCCUAAGUUGCGGAGUAUGUCGGUGGCUUCGGUUCAGCCAGUAGCGGCUCAGCCAGUGAGUCAGAUCGCAGCAGUGCAGCCGUUGGGUCAGAUUGCACCGGCGCCGCGGGGUUACUCUUCGGUGGAGACUGGCGGGACUAGUCAGACCGGACAGAUCACAGGGACCUUGUUAGUGGGCGGUUUUGAGUCCCACGUUUUAUUCGACUCUGGAGCAUCGAAUUGCUUCAUUACACCGGAGCGUGCCGAGAAGAGUGGCAUCCGGAGUAGCGCGGGCGAGAGCGCGGGCAUGGUCAAGGUGGCGGGAGGUGGAUUCUUGUCUACUUUGGGCCGUGCUAGAGGAGUCGAGAUCGAGAUUGCGGGGCAGUCAAUGCCAGCAGACUUAGUCAUCAGUCCGGUGGAGCUGUAUGACGUUAUUCUCGGGAUGGACUGGUUGUCACACUACAGAGUUCAUCUGGAUUGCUACAGAGGUAGAGUGGUCUUCGAGCGAGAUGCAGGGAGGUUGGUUUAUCAGGGAGUGAGACCGACUUCCGGGAGUAUUGUGAUAUCUGCUAUUCAGGCCGAGCAGUUGUUAGAGCGGGGCUGUGAGGCGUAUCUGGCGACGAUUUCUAUGUCUGAGUCAGGAGCUGGAGUUGUUAUGGGAGAUAUUGAGGUUGUCCAGGAUUUUGAGGAUGUCUUUCAGUCACUGAAGGGAUUACCACCAUCUCGGUCUGAUCCUUUCACGAUUGAGUUAGAGCCGGGGACAGCACCGAUAUCGAAGACGCCUUACAGGAUGGCGCCAGCUGAGUUGGCAGAGCUGAAGAAGCAGAUAGAGGACCUUUUGUCUAAGGGGUUCAUUCGACCAAGUGUUUCACCGUGGGGAGCACCGGUGUUGUUUGUGAAGAAGAAGGAUGGCAGUUUCAGACUUUGUAUCGAUUACAGAGGUCUUAACCGAGUCACUGUGAAGAACAGGUACCCACUCCCGAGGAUUGAUGAGUUUGGAUCAAUCCCGAUAGAUGAGGCAGAUGUCAGGAAGACUGCUUUCAGGACGCGUUAUGGGCAUUUUGAGUUUGUGGUUAUGCCUUUCGGUUUGACUAACGCGCCGGCAGCCUUCAUGAGAUUGAUGAACGACGUGUUCAGGGAGUAUUUGGAUGUGUUCGUCAUCAUUUUCAUUGAUGAUAUUCUGGUAUACUCGAGGAGUCAGGAGGAGCAUGCGACUCACUUGAGGUUGGUUCUGGAGAAGCUUCGGGAGCAGAAGCUUUUGCUAAGUUGA